AUGUCUUGGGAUCAACUGCCAAUUCUCAUUUCGGGAGCUGGAAUUGCUGGCCUGCUCACAGCGCAAUCUCUCAAACAGCUGGGAAUCCCAUAUAUCAUCUUCGAUAGGGACGAAUCAGUCUCGUCUCGCGGCCAAGGAUGGGGAAUCACCCUGCACUGGGCUUUGAAUGAUUUUCUUUCACUUUUGCCGGAAGAGAUACAAAAAAAAGUCUAUGAAUGCCAGGUGCUCGAGGACUUUCACUUAAACGACAGCGGAAACUUUGUGUAUAUCAACGCGGAAACUGCCAAAUCGCUAGUUCACAUUCCUCCAUCCAGAAGACUGCGAGUCAGACGGGAGCAGAUCAGAAAGACGUUGUUAGAGGGAAUUGACGUUAAUUGGAGCUGCAAGACGGUGGAGGUUAGAACCACUGACACUGAAGUGACAGUUAUAUGCGAGAACGGUAGAACUUUUACUGGAAAACUCCUGGUUGGGGCCGAAGGAAGCAACUCUGUCACAAGACGGUUCACUAAUCCAGGCAAUUACCAGCUCUAUGAUCUGCCAGUCAGGUUUCUGGGAUCCACUGUCGAACUUACCCAGCAGGAGUACGACCAGGUCUCAAAACACUUCGACAGUCUGCUAUUCCAAGGAACAAUACCAUCCAAUAACACGUUCUUCUGGUUUUCUCUGCUUUCCUCGCCAGCGUACAACAAAUCCACUUUUUACCAAUGCCAGGUGAACUUUUCUUGGAACUGUCCCGACAAGGCUGUCGAGAAGUUUGACACUGUGGAAGAUAAGAUUGCCGUUAUUAGAAGAGUAUCUUCGGGCCUGAACGAAAAUCUCAUGUUUCUGCGAGAAAAAAUGGUGGCAGCGGCCGACCGGUUCAUGGAGAUACGGCUUUCCGACUGGCCAUAUGCCGAUUUUGACGACAAGCAAGGCAAGAUCAUUCUGGUUGGAGAUGCGUGCCAUGCCAUGGUCAUGUACAGGGGAGAGGCCGGAAACCACGCCAUUGCAGACGUUAAGCUUUUUAUUGAUCUACUGGAGAGAUGUCAGAAAGAGGAGAUCUCGUGGCAGGAGAUGAUCAAUGCGUACAAGGACGACGUCAGAGCACGCGCUGGUCCUGCUGUGCUGCUAUCCCGCCAGGCCUGUCUGGAUGCACACAAUUGGGAAAAGCUUAGGGAUUACGAAGUGAACAAGAGUCCGCUACUGGCACUGAGAAAAAAAUAA